UAUUGUGCAGAAUGCAGAUACGUACAAUUUAUUUCCUACUGGAAGAGAUAAGAAAGCCCUAUUUGAAACAAUUUUCUUCUUUCGUCGAGAUAUGAGAAAGUAGCAUUAAUAUUUUUUAAAUGUCUGUUUUGGCGACAAGUUGUUCUUAUCUUGCCACAUUACAACGAAACAGCGAUGAUUUCUCAGCGCUGAACUGCUUGUUUGGUUCCUGGAAUGCAAAUUUAUUACUUACGACGCAUUCUAUCGAGGCAGUUGAUUUUUAAUUUGCGAUGAUCGCGUUGUUUAGAUUUGCGAAUUAGUGACUAGCCCUGUCUGCGGCGGCCCUGUCUGCGGCGCGGCCUGUCUGCGGCUGCGGUUGUGUUGCACUGUUGUUGGAGGCAUCCAUAACUGGUGUUGAUUAGUCUUGCUCUUCCUGGCUAUCGAUUUGGCCCAUUUCGGAUUUAUUGUUCAUCUCCGCCAAUUCGCCAACACGACAGCUUGUUGCGUGUGGCAUUCCCCGUUAUUGAUUUGAGUAUUUCUUGCUGUCGACGCGCAACCUCGAUGUGAGUUUCGGUUUGUUUCCCACAAAACUGUUUGCAGUAAUUACCUAUAUUAUGGUACCUGGGUACGGAAUGUGAGGGAAACAAUGGACGCAGACGAGCGGGAAGGAGUGUGAAGUGAAUAGCAGAUUGAGUUGUACUAAGCACACGCGGAAUAGGGUGCGAUCUGAAGGGGCUUCCCCUUGCGGGGCUCGGCCACCACAGCCGCCCUGAUGGCGUCCACAAUCAUGGCCGACACAACCACACUGUCCUACGACCCGGAAACGACAACCCCGGGACUGAAUAACGGAUCGUGCAAUCUCAAGCCAGAUGGCUCACGCUAUCCCGAUCCAUUCGGAAUCGGGAUUGGGAAUAUGUUCGCGGGGAUUCCGCAGAAUAUGGUUAUCAAUGUUAUACUUUUUGCGAUACUCUUGACGGUAUUUGUGGUGCUGCGCAAGCGAGGAUGGGGAAGUGCAAAAAUACCACUUAUGGGACGGCGAACAAAUGAAUGGUCAUCCAUUUUUUAUGGAAACCGCCAUCUCGAGUUAUCGGAGUCAGCUACGCGUAUGGGUGAAUUGGAAUCACCAGGCAGUGCGAUUCUAAAGCAGUCACCAGACUCCCCUGAAGGCUACGAUGUCGGCAUUCUCGCAGGAUCACCAGAUGGUCCGGAUGCGCUGAGCUUCUGGCAGUGGGUGCGCAACGCUUUUCUAGCACGUGACGAAUUCUUGUUGGAAAGAUCGGGCACGGCCGCGCUGGAAUACCUGCGUUUCCAGCGCCAUGUGAUCGCGUUCACGGCUGUACUGUGCAUUAUCAGCAUAGCGAUCAUUCUGCCGGUAAAUUACCGAGGAACAAAACAGUCGGGUAUGAAUUCAUCCUUUCCGAAAACCACUAUCAACAAUGUGGAUGCCAGUGGCGAUCUUUUGUGGGUGCAUAUUGCGUUUACGAUGGUGCUGUUUCCCAUGGGACUUUUGGCGAUGUUGAGUUAUGGGAUGAAGUUUGGCAUUUCAAAGAGCACCAAUAAGAGAGUGAAAACGUUGAUGUUUUAUGGAUUAAAUCCCCGUAUUACCACGGAAGAGAAAAUCAGGCAGCAUUUCGAGGAAGCUUAUCACGACUGCCAAGUCACAGCUAUUUUCCUGACUUUGAAUGUCUCCAAACUGCAAAUGCUAGACGACGAGCUGUCCAAAGUGAAUGCAGCCUUAAAAUUUUACGAAAAAACCAUGUCUGACCGCUCUGAGAUGCCGAUUGUGAAGAACGUCGCUUGCGGAUUUUUCUGUGGAUGCUGUGUAAACGGCGUGAAUGCAGUUGAUUUCUACCAGAAUAAACGGGCAGAAUUGGAGCGAAAGAUAGAGGAAGAAAUCCAGAGCUGGAAACGCACCAAUACCGUGUUCUUCGUGACGUUCGCAACCGAAGAUCAAGCUUACCGAGUGUAUCAGGAUUACCAGUUUAUUUUCCGCGCAAAGCCUCGCACUUCGGUGUCCAGUAUGAUUGGUGCCAAACACUGGACAGCCCGGCAAGCACCAAGCGCGCCGUUUGUCAGCUGGGAAAAUCUAUCGAUGGCUGGGUGGAAGUGGUGGUUACGUGCUAUUGCCAUCAACACGGCUGUUUUUCUGUUCUUCUUCUUUCUCGGUACUCCGGCCGUCGUUCUGAAUGCACUGAGUCUAAAUAAACUGGAUUGGUUUCAGUCGUUUGCCAGCCUGCCGCUGAUCAGCCAAUUUCUUCCGUCGCUGUUGUUGCUGACGGUGGCUGGUCUGAUACCCUUAUUUUUGUACUACACUGUGCGCUGGACUGGAUACCAUACAAGAUCGAAGGAAAUGCGAGCCGAAAUGAAGUUACUGUAUGCGUUUCUCCUUAUUACUAUUCUCAUCUUUCCUAGCUUGGCCCUGACCAGCUUGAAUAUAAUCGUGGAACGAUUCUUUUCCGGAAAGAACGUGGAUAUCAUGUGGGAAUGCGCUUUUCUGGCUGACAAUGGCGCGAUAUUCGUCAACUUGAUGGUUAUCUUCAGCUUCGUCGGAGCUGCGUGCCAGCUGCUUCGAUUAGGUCAGCUUUUUGUUUUUCUGUGUCGGUACUUCUGUGGAUCGAAAUCGGAGGCAGAAAGAAAUAUUUUACUGCGGACAAAGACCGAAUUUCCCUUCCACGAGCAGUAUCCGGACUUCCUGUUGACCUUCAACAUCGUGAUUGUGUACUGUUUUGUAUGCCCUGUUAUCACACCAUUCGGAUUGUUGGCUAUGUGUAUGAAAUAUUUGGUGGACCGGUACAACUUGUCGUACGUGUUCGGGAAAUCCGACGCACCGACCAGCGUUCAUGCAACCGCCGUCAACUUUUUUCUGGUUGGCUUAUUGAUGCAGAACCUCUUGAUGAUCUUCUUCUUCGUCGUGCGAGGAGGUAUGGGAUCAAUGAGCGGGUUACUGAUAGCCGUUCUCAUCAUUAACGGCUUAAUCUACAUCGGAAUCAGCUGGUUCGGAAUCUUGAAAAAAGUGUCUUUGGCUGAUGAAUUUACGGAGGAUGACAUCGAUGAGCCAUCGGCCUCUCCUGUGGGAACUCCGGUAAAGAAGGCGCGUGAAACUUAUAUUCCGCCGGUUCUGCAGCGACUGGAAGCCAGGCACAUUUCGCCUGUAUCCAACACUGUCACAAGUUCGACCAUAUCGGCAUGACACCGAUUGCGGAUGCCAUCGGUUUUCAUAACUUCGUAACUGUCUCGUCUGUACCAUUUUAUGCACAUUUGUAAUUCUGAGUUUAAACUUCCCUUUUUCGUGAUUUUAACGUGUUUUUGACUAGUCAGUAGACAGCUCAAAGCAUUUAUAUCUUCAGUUCCUUCACGACGGGUGUUUGGCCACUGUUUUUACGAUCUACGUGACAAUUUAAUUAGUAUGAGAUAAUGGCUAGGGUAUUUUCUUGGAGAUUUUUAGUCUAGUGGAAUUUUGUAUUGUGUCGCAACUCGCUGUUAUUAUAUUGGAUUACCAGAAUUUUUAAGUCGUGCUUCUAAUUAUCGAAUCAAAAACCGAUUUUUGACAAAA